AUGGAGCGGUCAACUGGUCUCGCCGAGAUCAAACUGGUCUCCAAGUACUAUCCCGUCAACAACUACUCUUACCCACGCGCUGAUGCAGCCCGCUGUCAACGCAAGUCCAUCGUGGGCCGGGGGUCUCUGGACUCGGACUGCUCGAUGCCGGGCAUGGUCGAUGACCAUGGCUCCGAUGUCUCGGCGGAGGAUGACUAUCAGUAUCACGUCUCGGCAGCCGAGCUGUGGGAUUCGUUCUGGCAGGCAUCGGGUACCAGCGAACAGAGGUCCAAGAGGGAUGCUUAUCCUGGCUUUACAGCUCCUCCAGCUCUUCGUCCACAGCUCUCCCAGCCUGAGCCGAGGAUAAGAGAGGAGACGGACACAAACAGCAGUGCCUAUACCGGAAGGACAACACCAGAGUCGCCGCCAUCAUGGCCUCUCCCGUGCAACUCGGCCCAGGACCGGUCAGUCAAGACCAUCACCCCCAAAGCAUCAUACUCGCUCUUCCCGGCUCCCGCCAGGGUGCCCACCAUCCCCGUAUUACCACCGAGGCUAUCUUCUCUCGGUAUGCCACCGCCAUCUUCAAGACCUCACACUCCCACCCGCCGCCGACCCGCAGUCCGCGCCUCUAGCCAUUCCCUCUCCGCUGUGCCCAAGAUGCGGCCGAACCCUAUCGACCUCGGCCACGCAGCAUCGCACCCCUCCUCCGCUCCCGUUUCCCCCAUGCUGGCACUCACCUCCCCGCCUAUCGGCCCACCGCCGUCGGAGCUGCCGCCGCCUCCGAGACGGCCGGCGCUGCGAAACCGCUCAGCUUCCGCUGCAGCUGGUUCUUACCGUCCGCAGCACUUUAUCCCGCCUUCCUUCGUCACCGCUACCUCUGCUCCGCCCACUAUCACCACCUUCAGCGGUGCCGCGGCAUCUUCUACGUCCAGCCUCGCGUCAUCGCGCUCGCCCACUCCGGCGCAGAUGAUUCCCCUGCCACCUAUCUCGCCGCCCAAGGUGUCGGUCUUUGAGGCGGACUCGGAUACCGAGGAGGACGACAGCAACGACAAGAGCUUUGCCCGCCGCAUCGUCAAGGGUCUUGCUCACAAGCGCAGCUUCAGCGACACGCGGCGCACCGCCAAGGGCGACGAGUUUGCCAAGGAGCAGCUGCGCAGGGCGCGCUCCGGCACCAUGGGCGAGACGAGCGAGAUGGAGAAGCGGGCCCGGGACCAGCUCCGCCACCAGCAGCACCAUUUCCUCCAGCUUCACGAACAGCAGGCCAAGCCCAAGCUGAAGAGGCAUGGUAGCGAUGUUUUUGCCAAGUUGAUUGGCCGGAAGAGCCACUGA